AUGAAGGAUUUUCUCUACGACCAAGGGCCUCGUGGCAUCACAUCACUCGCUGCGGCUCUUCGGGAUGCUGACCCACACAACGUCCGAACCAUCGGCUUUGAAGUCUUCCGACAGGUAGUUGGCAGCUUCUUUCAGGACCAGGUUAGCGACUUGAACCUCGGCCCUCUCUUCGACCUCUUUCGGCAACCGCACGUCAACCUGCUUGCAUACGACGAGUUCUUCUUGGCGCUAAAGGAGGAGCUGAGCCCGGCGCGGCGCGCUGCCAUUCGUCAGGCUUUCCGCCGUCUAGAUGCAGCAUCAGAGGGCCUUGUCGACCUUGCGGUGAUGUUGCGCUCUUUCAACAGCCAACGCCAUCCCGAGGUCUCGCUAGGCACAAGGUCUGCAGAGGAGGUUUUGGAGGAGUUCGCCGACACACUGAAGGACCACAUCAGCUUCCGACGCGGCCAGCGCUCCUACCCAACGAACCUAGUCGCUUGGGAAGAGUUCGAGGAUUACUACAAGUCAAUCAGUGGCUGUUUUGCUUCGGACGAGGAAUUCUGCGGUGUGCUUGAGAAGGUCUGGGAUCUGAACAAGGCUCCGGACGCCUCUGUUGAGGGCCGAGCGGCCCUGGCCAGGCCAGCUGCAGGUGCACCGGCCAAGGUCCGCACUGGUUUGCACCACUGGCAGACGAACACGCUGCCGACCACCGUGACACAUCACAAAGUUGAGAUGGUCACGAAGAUUGAGGAUGUGAUGCAGCGCAGCCGUUCCCAGAUUGCCAGGCGCGGAUUGCGGGCUGCCGUGGACGUUGUCCAGCAUUUCUAUUCCGCAGACGAUGAUAUUGAUGACCAGCUGGACACGUAUGAAUUUCGACAGGCGUGCCGAAAGGCAGGCCUCAGCUUCAGGGAGGCCGAGGAGGUCUCGAUCUUUGAGGCCUGCGCAGAGACCAAAGGUAAGAUCCAACUGCCAGCCUUCUUCAAGCUGCUCCACGGGGAGAUUUCCCCUGCACGACGGUCUCUUGUGGAGCGGGCCUUUGCGGCACUUGGAGGCGACCCACAGGAUCCUGGCUCUCUGGUCAGCCCCGCUACGCUGAAAGAGCGCUUCGUGGCCCAGGCUCACCCGCUGGUGGUCCGUGGGCAGCUUGAUCCUGGCUACGUGCUUGCAGAGUUCCUGGACACCUUCAGUCAGCUGGCUCAUGUGCUGGGCGGCUGUGAGAAUGGCAUGGUCUCCUUCGCUGACUUCUUGGCGUACUACGGCGUGGUCUCUUCCACGGUAGAGAACGAUUCCUUGUUCGACCUCAUCGUGCAGCGCGUUUGGGACGUUCCAAAGGUGCGGGAGGCCUGGGCUGAGGGUGGUGGGGAAUCCCCAAGGCGCUCACGAGCAGCGCUGGAGACACCGGCCUCCCCCAUGGCUGAGCGCAAGCCCCCGCCACAUGCUGGGCCAUCUGCCUAUGCUGUCGAGAGUCCUAGGGGCCCAAAGCAGGAUCACCGGCGCUUUGGCCGCGGGCCACAGGCCUCAGCCAUCACCAAGUCUUCCAUUGUUUUCGAUGAGCGAGGGAGUUCCCUCACGGAGGUACUUGACAGGCUACGAAGAAGCAUCGCCCUCCGCGGUCUGCGCGGAUGGGUGGCAGUGGUGCAGCGCUUCCAAAAUGCGGACUACCGGAGGAACGGGACAAUCAUGCGAUUGGACUGGCAGCGCCUCAACCGCGUUCUGGGCCUUGGCCUGUCACCAGAGGAUCAAACUCUGCUCUUCCAGGAGCUGUCCCAGAAGAAGAAGGGCGCGGCCAUGGACUACCUGCAGUGCCUGGAACUGCUGCGUGGCGACCUGCCGCAGGAAAGGGGAGAGAGAAAGAGAUUCGAUGAGAUGCGCUUGAAGGUUGAAGACAAGCUCAGCGAAGACUUGCCCCGUGCCUUGAUCCCAUCAUGGCCAGCAGAUUGCUGGACAUGCAGAGAGCAGUGCUGGGUCAUGCAGUGUCUGCUGCCACUGCCGCCUCAAGUCGGUAAUGCGCGGUUCUGGGUCUCGGCCAUGUCGAACUACACAGGCAUCGUGCGAUCCUUCAAUCCGCACAAGGGCUGGGGCUUUAUCGAGUGCGAGGAGACACACAAGCAAUUCGGCUCCGACGUGUUCUUGCUGAAGAGCGACUUAGGUGGCUACGGUGUUUCUAAAGGGGAUAAAGUGCGCUUCUCCGUGGCACAGAGCGAGAAAGGAGCGCGAGCCACGGACGUAACAGUACUCGAGGGUGGAGAGGCCAAAGGUGACGACUCCGCGGGCCAGCUCUUCUUUGGGGAGGUCCGGAGCUUCAACCCGCAGAAGGGCUUUGGUUUCUUGUCCAGCCCUGCGACGGAGAGCCUCUUCGGCAAGGACUGCUUCUUCAUCAGGAGCGAGUUCGGCGAUGCUUGGCCAGAGCCAGGCCUCCACGUGCAAUUCAAAGCCAAGGUGGGCGAGCGCGGGCCCAUUGCCUCCGAUGUCCGAGUCCUGGACCCCCCUGGUGGCAGGUGGUAUGGCAAAGGCUAUGGCAAGGGCUUUUUCCAGGGCUUCUUCCCUCCGAUGAUGUUUGGUUACGGAGGCCUUGAAAGGCUGUGCGUGUUUGAAGGGCGAGUAUUCACCGGCCGUCCAGGCUUCGGAAAGGGCUAUGGCCGUGAGCCGAAGGAGACCGACGUAUUUUUCGGUACUGUGAAGGCAAUCAACGAGAAAGGCUUUGGUCACAUAACCAGUGAAGCCAUGACGAAGCUCUACGGCAAGGACCUCUUCGCGCACAGGACUAGCAUCGAGGAGGCAAAAGUCUCGGCAGGGCAGGCCCUGCUUCCAUGCCAGUGCUCUCAUGAGGCCGUCUCCUUCCACGUGUCGCCAGGGCCAAAGGGUGCCCAUGCGGUCAACAUCCAGGCCUUUGAUGAAGCCAAGGCUAUCGCAGCCGCACCCUUCACUGGCACAGUCAAGGCCUUCAAUGAGGCCAAGGGCUGGGGCUUCAUCGAUUCGCCGGCUGCCAAGCCCAUCUUCAUGUCAGAAGUCUUCCUCCACAAGAACGAGCUCAAUGGCUCAGCCAGCGUAGGGGACACCGUGCAGUUUAUGGUGGACGUCAGCAGCGGCCGUGCCACGGCCAAGAAUGUUUCGCCAGUCCCCGCGCUCGGCGGCGGGGCCGCAGUCACAGCUGACAAGCUGAAAGCGAGGUUCGAUGCCUCGAGCGCCCCACAGUGUCUGCUGCGGAGGAAGGAUCCGCAACAAGCGGAGCAGGAAUUCUUCGAUGCCGUCGAUUUCUUUUCAGAAGGCACACCUUACCACGACCAGAAGUUUAACAACUUCUUCCGCAUGGUUUCGGCAGUCCACGAGGACGACGAUGAAUUCCGCCUGAUGACGUCCAGUGCUUUCGAUGUAGCUUGA